CUUUUGGAUCUUUAUCUCCAUUGAGGAGGCUGACUGACUGAUCUACCAACCGGCAUUAACACAACAAAAACUAAAGAAAUGUUACUACAAGUGGACCUAUUUAUUUACUCAUCAUGCUGACUAAAGAUGAAACAGACUCUCUGCGUGUCGAGCCCGUGUCAGAGGACUCGACCUUCCUGUCUGCAUAUUCCUCUGAAACCAUCAAUAUUGACGGUACAGUGUUUAACCUGCUUACUUAACCAGGUGAUUACUCUAUCAUCAGAGGUUUUGUUUGUUGACGUUAAGCGUGGAGUAUAUUUGCUGCUUUUCAACACAUAUGGUCAUUAUAAUGCACUGCGUGGAACUCUGGAAAGCAGAUACACGAGACUUUGAAGCUCCCACCUGGAGUUAACAGAAAUAAUUCACGGUAUGGGGUGUUAUUAUUUUGUUUUUGAUCUUUAUUGAAUGUAAUACCUCUGAGAGUAUCUACAUGAGAUUUUGAACAAUUGUGUUUAUGAAAUCAAUAGUACAGCCAGAACUAAACAAACAUGGAUGAGAUGCAGCUGGAGAGACUCUUUCCACAGGUGGACAGCUUGCUGGAGAUGGCUCAGCUCUUAAACUCCCUUAAACAACGAGGAUUCGACUCCAUGGAAGAAGGCAGCAGUCAGAGUUACUGCAUUCACAGAAUUGGAGACAUCUUCAUCGCACAGUUCUCAGGUGAAUUGAGAGAUAAACUGCAGUACUGCUAUGGAGUUUUCUGCAGUCACCACACUGAUGCAGUCCACUGGUACAGAUACCUACUGCUGAACAGCAAGAAGUUUCAGAGUUUCAUAAGAAAAAUAUGCCGACUGUCCAUCAUAAAAAGAUUGGGAAUACCAGAGAUUAUUCUACUUAUAACACAUUGCAUCACUAACUAUCAAGUGCUUGUUGAACGUGUCAUUACAUACAGUCAAGCUGACUCAGAGAAGCACAGGGAACUGGUGCAAGGUCUGGAGCUGCUUAAAGACACCAUAGCUAAAGUAAAUAUCCCUGUGGACGAGUUUGAGAACGCAGCAAGACUGAGGGACCUGGGCAAUAAACUAGAGCCCAAGUCCCAGGUGAAGAUGGCCAACGGUCGAGUGUUUCGCAGAGAGGACAUGUUGCAGGGCGAGAGGAGGCUGCUUUAUGAGGGGAUGCUCAACUGGAGAUCAACAUCUAACAAAAGCAAAGAUGUCCUUGUCCUGCUGUUAUCAGAUGUUUUGCUGCUGUUAUUUGAGAAAGAUCAGCGACUUACCUUUGCUUCACUGGACAGUCAACCUCCAGUGAUCCCACUCCAGAAGCUCACAGUGCAUGAGGUGGCUCAUGACGAAAAGGCUCUGUUUUUGUUCACGGCCUCCUCCGACCCUCCAGAGAUGUACGAGUUUUGCACUCCCUCCGGAGAGGUGCGCAGAGCUUGGAGAGACCAAAUCUGGAAGGCGGUGGUGUGCUGUCCAGAAGAAGUGGAAGAGGAACCAGAAGAACUUUCUGAGAGAAUCAGGAACUUUGCAAGUAAUCUGUGUAUGAGAGAUGCCUUUAUAGAGCACCACCUCACAGAGAAUCACAGGUUAUUUGCCAACAUUGCAGCCUAUGUGACAGGCGCUGAUGACUGCUCACCAUCUGAGCACAAUGCAGUUGAGUCCCUGCAAGGGGAUCAGAUUCUCACUGGUGCAUUAAAGGACGUGGAGCAUUUACAGAGGUUGUUGGUAGCAUGUGAGUUAGACCAGACUCCCUCCACUGGUGAGGGAAUGGAUCUGGUGCCAGUGUCCAAGAGUCCUCGUAUCUUCACAGGUUUCGACAAUGAUGACUACACGUUACCCAAAAAUGGUACUGGGAGUUUAUUGGAAAGAAUGAGAGAUGGAAACCAGCGGGCUAACUCAAAUUCUCAGAUCAGAGAGCUUUGUACUGAAGAGAGUCUGGAGCUGUCGGCAGAUGGGGAGAUAAUUCUAGAGAGCUGGAAAGUCAGUUUUCCUAAAGCAGCGCUUUAUGAAACUGUAAUUAGACUGUCACAGAAGCUUUGCAGCCUUCAGCCUGUAGUCUCAAAUUUAGAAACCCACAUUGAGGUUCAACGCGCCACCAUUGAUGAGUUGAUGUCCCAACACCGGGGCAGCACUCUCAUGGAACAAGAAAAGCAUCGAAAUUUGGAAAAGCAGCGGGAAGAACUGGUCAACUUCCAGCGUCUGCAGGAGCAGCGCAGACAGGAGCAGAUGCAGUGGGAGCAGGAGCAAGAGAAACAGAGAGUGCAAACAGAGAUGAGGGAGAAAGAGCUGAGAGAGAGAGAAAUGAAGUGCAGCAAGCAGAAGGAGCAGCUGGCGAAGGAGAGACGUCAGCUGGAGAGGUGCAGAGAGGAAUACCAGCAGGAUCUGGAGAGACUCAGAGGCUCCAUGCGCGCCGUGGAGAAGGAGAAAGAAAAGCUGGAGCAGUUGCAGAAGAAGUUAAAGAAGAACGAGAACGUGUCCAACACUGGAAACCUUUCUCUGAAUAAUGAAGAGAUACAGAUACCUCAUCCUUACCCCAUACCGAAUGUCCCCAGCUUUGAAGAGAGGCCACCACUGGUGCCACCACAUGGGAAGAGCAUUAGUGCUAUGCCCGUCAAGACAGAUGUACCCAUCCACCUCUUUAGCACCACCAACCAAUCACACAAAGUCAUUACAAUUAAACAGCAGAUCCCAACCGAACUGACCAGCCAACCGAAGGGCAAAGAGAAACACCGCAAACACCACUCACAUCACCAUACCAACUGUGCAGCUGGCAUAGAGGUGUCUCAAGUACUGCCCAUCAAAGUUACUGGAAAAGAGGGAGGCAGGUUACGAGCCAUGAGAUCUAACAGUCCUCAACAGCUCCAUCCAGAUACCCUCAUUCAUCCAGAAGAGUUAUCCAGCGCUGUCCCCUCUCAUUCAAACACAAGCCGAAAGCACCAUAACAACACCACACACAUUACACAGACAGGACACCGUAAAACCAAAGACCAUUAAAAUACAGAUCACAGUUUACUUUUAAUGCCCCUUAUCAUCUGCAAUCUACAGGUUUGAUACACAGUGAUUGUUUUUUGCCUUUAAUGAUUUAAAUAGUUAUGUUGUGGGAUAUUGUUUGUAGUUAUGAAACCAUUUAGAUGUUGGUCAUAAUUUUAAAUACUUGUUUUGUUUUUACUUUGUUUUUUUUUUGUUUGUUUUUUAUUGAAAACACAUUUACAGGUAUAGAUAAAAAAUAAGGAAGAAUUGUUUUAAUUACUUAAAGGGGACAUUUCACAAGACUUUUUUAAGAUGUCAAAUAAAUCUUUGGUGUCUCCAGAGUACAUAUGUGAAGUUUUAGCUCAAAAUACCAUAUAGAUAAUUUAUUAUAGCAUGUUAAAAUGGUCACUUUGUAGGUGCAAGCAAUAAUGUGCCCUUUUGGGUGUGUCCUUUAAAAUGCAAAUGAGUUGAUAUCUGCACUAAAUGGCAGUGCCGGGGUUGGAUAGUGCAGAUUCAGGGGCGGGAUUAUCCCCUUCUGACAUCACAAGGAGAGCCGAAUUUCAAUGACCUAUUUUUUUCACAUGCUUGCAGAUAAUGGUUUACCAAAACUAUGUGUUUUUUUUUUCAAAUUUUCUAGGUUGAUAGACACACUGGGGACCCAAUUAUAGCACUUAAACAUGGAAAAAGUCAGAUUUUCAUGAUAUGUCCCCUUUAAUGUUGACCUCUUAUGUGUUCAGCUGUCAAUGUGUUAUAUUUGGCAAAUCAUUGCUGAAAGAAUUUGUCUCUUACGGGCGAAGUGCAUGAUUUCUGAAAAACACUUUGGAAAAGGGAGUCGGGCCGACUACCAAAACCCACUUGUUGCCAAUUAGCAGUAAGGGGCAUGUCUACUAACCAACAUCGUUGCCUGGGUUGCGUAUGUGUGGGGCGGGUCUUUCAAAAGAAGGUCCAGAUUCUGUUGGGGUAGGGGUGUGUUUGUUUAGGUGAUUUUAAAUGUCAACAUUGGCUUUCAGAGAUCAUGCACCCCGCCUUUAACAACCAAAUAUUAUUGAUAUGUUAUUGAGAAAUGAUACCAUUUUAGUGAAAUGUUAAUUUACUUUCAAAGUUUUCUGUUUAGUUUCUGCACAGAUGGAAAGAUUUUUUUACAUGCAUUGUUUAGAUUUUGUGUAAGGGGUAAAUAUUUUAUAUAAUGCUUCUUUAAAGAUACUAACCUGUUUUUCUUUAAUAUCUGGGGAUAAAGCUCCAAUGUCCAUGAUCCUAUAUUGUAAAUAAUUCAUUUAAUUUUAGCUUUUCCAUACAGUAUAUAUGUAAAUAAAUGAGUCACAGAUCA